AUGAAGUGCCUUCCAGGAGGGGAAGGGGCUCAGUACCGCGGGGGCUCGAGGAGCGGAACACCCUUCCAGCCACGGACUGGUGUCGGUGCUCUCCCGGAGCGGGAGAGGGAGACAACGCUCCACCUCCGAGAUUCCCGAGGGCGCCGGAGCCCCGGCGGCCGAGCUCACCCGGCACCGCGGCAGCCUCGUCGGAUGGGCUUGUCUCGGGAUGCCAAGUCACCGAGGGUGACACGGGCUGACCCCAGGGCUUCAUCCCACCGGGAAAGUCGCAGGCACCGCGCCAGGACCCCGCGGGCUCCACGCCUCACCCCACGCACGCUGUGCCGCGGGCCGGCCGUGUGCCCUGGCUGCCGGCAGAUCCAUGAAUGCGUUUAUUCACGAGACCGCGUGUGCGCAGGGGAGCAGGGGCAGGUGUUGGGUGGUCCUGCGGAGACUUCUGCACUGGUUUUGCACUGCAUUAAUAAAGCGCUCAGCUUUGGACGGAGGCUGAUCUCGCGUGGAGCGGACACCAGCCGCCCGGCCAGGCGGUCCCGGGAGUGCCGAGGCGAUGGCCGCGGCUCCCGGAGUGCUCGGCCCGGAGAUGCCGGGGGGGUUCCCGGGGUGCCGGGGUCGGUGGAACGUUCCCGGGAUCCCCGCGGGUGCCCGCCCCGGGGCCGGAGGCACCGCCCGCGCCCCGCCCCGCUCGCGGCGGAAGCGCCACGUCAGGGGGGCGGUGCGGGGGCGGCGGGGCCGGGGCCGGUGCCGGCGGCGGUGGCGGGGCCGGGCUCGGUGCGGGUCGCGAUGCCGAGCGCGGUGCGGACGCUGUGCCUGGCCGCGCUGCUGGGCGCGCUGGGGGCCGGCGGCACGGAGCUGACGCUGGAGCUGCCCGACAGCGCCCAGCGCUGCUUCCACCAAGAGCUGGAGAGCGGCGUCAAGUUCACCCUCGACUAUCAGGUGAUCAGCGGAGGGCACUACGAUGUGGACUGCUACGUGGAGGACCCCAACGGCAAGACCAUCUACCAGGAGACCAAGAAGCAGUACGACAGCUUCUCGCACCACACCGAGGCCAAGGGUGUCUACACCUUCUGCUUCAGCAACGAGUUCUCCACCUUCUCCCACAAAAUCGUCUACUUCGACUUCCAGGUGGGCGACGAGCCGCCCAUCCUGCCCGACAUGAACAACCGCGUCACUGCCCUGACACAGCUGGAAUCUGCCUGUGUCACCAUCCACGAGAUGCUGAAGGCGGUGAUCGACUCCCAGACGCACUACCGGCUGCGGGAGGCGCAGGACCGGAGCAGAGCUGAGGAGCUCAACGGGCGCGUCUCUUACUGGUCAGUGGGGGAAACCCUCAUCCUCUUCGUGGUCAGCAUCGGGCAGGUGAUGCUGCUCAAGAGCUUCUUCACUGAGAAGAGACCCAGCAGCGGCGGAGCUGGCACCUAGAGCUGCUGUGCGUGUGCCUGAUGCAGCAGCAGCGGGACGGCGCCGGGGCCGCGCUGCGCCGCCCAUCUGUGCCGUGGGCAGGCGGGGGGCGGGAGCAGGGGUGACACUGCUCAGCUGGGUGACGCAGCCACCCAAGUGCAGCCGUCCCCCGGCGUCACCUCCCGCUUGCCAUCGCCCGGCCUACCCUGUCCCCUCGCCUGGCCACCCUGUCCCCGUUCUCUGGCUGCGCUGGGACGCGGGUGGGACCAGCACAGCAGAGCGCUGGGGCAGCCUCGUGACUGCCGUGACCACACGCCCCUGCCCCUGAAGCCCUGUGCAGCCACGAGGGGAGGGACAGCGCUGGCCCACCUGGCACCCCCCCAGUGCCCUCGGCCCAAGGAGAGCUGCCCGUGGGCUGGGGGUCUCUGACUGCACCCCAGCUCUGCUGUGGCGGGCAGGGUGCUGCCAGCAGCAGGGCCACAGCAAGGGAAGGCUUUUUGCUGCGUGGUCCUCUGGCUCUAGCAGCUCCUCCCCUCACAGCAAUUCUCAGGCUGGCAGCAGGUGGUGUGCCCAUACCAGGUGGUGUUUUCAUAUUCACACGAGUCCGUGCCUGGGACUCAGCCCCCUCACACAUUCCCCCCACCCUGUGGACAUAUGCCAAGGAAGCCCCAUCCCUGCCCCAGAAGCACAGAGAGCCCACACACACUUGGGACUGCAGCCCCUCAUUCCCUGGAGCCCCACAAGACCCCUGGAGUGACUGGUGUGCUGGCCCUCCAGCCCUCAAGCAGGUGUGAGAUCAUUUUUCAGAGCUGAAGCAACUCCACUAGACUUUUCCUUCACCACUUUCAAAUAAAGCCCUGCAAGCAUG